AUGGAGAUUAAAGAAAAUCAACACCACAUAAUGUUGUUUCCAUGGUUAGCAUUCGGUCAUGUUAUACCAUUUCUAGAGUUGUCUAAGAGUUUAGCUUCAAAAGGUUGUGAAGCAACUGUUGAUUUAAAAGAUGAAGAGAAAACUCAGUAUCUUAAGAAAGCGUAUGAUGAAUUACAAGCGCCAGUGGAACUGCUUUUAAUCCGGUUCAAACCAGAUUUGAUAAUAUAUGAUCUUAUCAAUUGCUGGAUACCUGACGUAGGAACUAAAAUUAAUAUUCCUACUGCUUUUUUCAGUGUGUAUUCAACCCCAAUGCUUGCCUAUGCUGGACCACCAUCGGAAGACAAAGAAUCAAAUAGCAAUCACCGACGAACCCCUCAGGAUUUUGUGCAAGUACCGGGAUGGAUUUCUUUUGCUUCGACUGUUUCAUAUCGACUCCAUGAAGCUAUUAUUAUGAGCAAACAUAUUAACAAUCCAGACAUAACUGGACUGUCCACAAGUCAAAGACAUGCAAAAGCUGUGCGAGGUUGUAACUUCAUUUUAGCAAGAAGCUGUAUAGAAUUUGGUGGAGACUAUUUGAAUCUACUCGGAGAUUUCUACCAGAAACCUGUUAUUCCAAUUGGUUUGCUACCACCUCCUGCACAGAGUUUGGCGACGAAGGCUUCUGAUAAUUCAGCUAAGAGUUCUGAUUCUGAAAUAUGA